CAUAUGAGCUCACUUCAUCCUUAGUUUAAAUUCCUAUUUCCGUAGUAGCUAUCUUGGGAUACUUUUGGAAUUAAAGUGUUUAAAAUAACAGAGGAAAAAUAAAGAUAAAUAAAUGCUGCAGCAGAAAUUUAACACACUAACAGAUGUGUUAAAAUUUCAUUUAUUUUGCAUACUAUUCUGACUAAUUUUCUGUAUCUUCACCCAUAGCUGCUUGAGAUAAAGCCCUGAACUUUUAAGAAUUCUAUUAAACUGCUUAAUUACGGCAUUACACAACAAACAGUAUUUGAAGUAGGCAAUACCUGGACCGCAUGACAGGGUCAUUACUGAGGAGUAGAUUUUCUGUUGGGGGGGUGGGUUUCGGGAGCUGGGAUAUAGUGCUUUUAUGGGGUUUUUAAGUUGUUCAUCGCACCUUAAAGUCAUGAAUGAGUUCACUAACUUUCACAACAUCCAGUAGCAGUUAGUGAGAUAAACUGUCACAAUGGAAAUCUUGUCUAGCAAUAAGGUCACCCAUUUCAACUGGGAACAUAGAAAUAAGCCUACUUAAUUCAGGAUGGGCUUUGUGCGUGAAAAUUUGCAGAGUUCUUCAUGUUAGCAAAUACAGAUUUAAAAAUAAAGCUGUAUCUGGGGUCAGCAGAGCUUUACCUUGGACUGGACAGCAACUAUUGCAUUUUUCAGUCUGAAAAGAAUCACUGGAAAGGGUUCCUUAAACUAAAAGAGAUUACCAGCUGCAUGAGUGGAGAUGGCCAGAAAUACCUAAAUAUGUUUCAUUGUAACACACAUCAUUUACAGACACUGAAUUGCAGAGGUGAUGCAUGUUCCAGCAUCUAUCAAUUGCACUUUAUAAUGUAGUUCUCCAUAGAGAGUAAACCCAUAUUUGUUCUGUAUGAUUUUCUCUACAAAAUCCCAUAGGAAGCAAGACCUUCCCCCAAAAUAAAAAUCUGUUGCUAAAAACAUAUAUCCAUAUGUUAUUCACGGAAACACAGGUGACUGCAGGCGGUAUAGACUUGUGUGUAUAUGGGGAAGGGGGGUGUCCGUGCGCAUUCCUCCUAAGCAGGGGUAGUGGGAGGCUAGCGGGGACGGCAGCAGCUUGGUCUUGCUCCAGUGGGUUGUCCAGUGAGUGAUUCCUGUUUCCCCUAAGGCUGCCUCUCAUUAGCAUGAAUCGGGGGAAGGGCAUAAAAGACUCCAGUUCAUUUUGAGUCUGGAAAAACUUUACUUCAAAAUGACAACCAAAGUGUUCUGGCUCCUCUGCUUUGUCAUUAGAUCACCUUCCAGCUCAGUGGCCGGAUCCCUGCCCUAUGCUGAGAAACCCAGUCAGACUCUCAGCAAAGAUGCUUAUAGUUCAGCAGACGCUGCACCUGGCCAAGUCAAACUGCCAGCCUGGGGCACCAGCAGCACCAGAGAGAAUCACACGGAACGCUGGCCAAAACCUCCUGAAAUCAUCUCCCUCUUGUCAGACAAAAAGAAACGCACCAAACCUUCUGUAGAAAACAGCACAGGGCUGAGGAAAUGUCUUUUGCAGUAUGGAGGGGCUCUGGCUCUGGAGAGCCCAACUGAAGGGCCUUCUCCUGCCACCUUUGACUUCAACCACGCAAACAGAAAGCACGCGGAUAGACGGCUGGCUGAGGCUGCCAACAGCGUGUCAGCUCACUUCCAUCACGCAGCAUCUUCCUAUCAAAAGAUGACAUCCUUAGUGGAGGCUUAUCCUUUUCCAAACUCUGGAGCAGUGGAGUCAGAUGAUCCUAACACGCUGGAUCACUUCAACCGACCAGGCAAGAUAAUCCCCUAUAAACAUACUGAUCCCUUCAAAAAGAUCACCAAACCCUCCUGGGUCACCAACCGCCAGUCAUCCAGCUUGCCGUACCACUUCAGUGCGCUGAAGAAAGAUGCUGAUAAGGAAAAGGCAUGUCUGACCGAGUGCAGGAAAGAGAGAGACGAAGUGGAGGCCUACUGUGCGAGUGAAUUCGGCAGCAGAUACAUUGUGAUGGGUCGGAUCUACCACAAGAGACGACAGAUCCCUGCAAACCUGCUGCAGUUCCUGCGAGGGCGCCUGAGGCCGGGGGAUGGCUUGCUUAGAAGCAGCAGCAGCUACGUGAAGAGAUUCAAUAGGAAGAGGGAUCGCACAGUGCAAGCGGCUCACACUAAAUGUAGAUAAGGCUCCAGUAACCUCCGUCUAGGAUACAGACAGCAGCAGAAUUCAUCUACCAGAAUAAACCUGGCCAUGGUUUAGCAACAGCGGGCGGUUAGUUCUCCUCACCUCUGAAAGUGGUUGCGAUACGACACUUGCUUUUGCGCUUUAGCAAACGCUAACUGAAUGUCUUGACGAGGUACAGAUAUAUUGUGAAGUUUAGCACAAAAGUCAGUCUAGGGAAUGUUAAAUGGUCAUGAAUUUGCUCCAGCUGUUUUCAGAGCCACAGGUUAUUAUUGCCUCCCCUCUUGUAACGUACACCUAAUAAUCUGUAGUAAUUGUAAAGUAAAAUUCUGCAGAUGUUGUUCUAGGUCCACAAAAAGUAACUGCACUUUCAAACCCUUAACCUUGAAUGAAUGUUAGAUGAUACCAUAGCUUUAUCUAUAGAGGAUGUCCACUGUGUUUUCACACAAUUCUGCCUAAAGUAUUACAUGCAUUUUAUUCAAAAGAAACCAACAAAACUA